AUGGAUCUUUAUCUUCUUCUUCACAGCGUGCUGAUGCACUUCUCUGCAGCGAUUGUCAUCUUGGUAUACAUCCCUCUCUCUGUACCGGUGAAGCUGUUCGUGUGGGCGUUCGUGAAGCCGCUGAGGAAGGAGGACCUGAGGGGGAAGGUCGUGCUCAUCACCGGCGCUUCCUCCGGCAUCGGAGAGGAGCUUGCGUACCAGUACGCUAAGAAAGGGGCGUGCCUUUCGCUGGUGGCCCGUCGGAAGCACGCGCUGGAGGGCGUCGCCGCGGCCGCCCGGGAACGCGGCGCGCCGGACGUUCUCGUCGUUCCGGCCGACGUCUCUGACCCCGAGCAAUCGAGACGCGCCGUCGAGGAAACUGUCGCCCACUUCGGCAAAUUGAACCAUCUGGUUGCCAAUGCCGGGGCCUGGUCCAUCUCCUUCUUCGACGAAAUCACCAACAUAACUGCGUUCACCAAAAUGAUGGACGUGAACUUCUGGGGCUCUGUCUACCCAACCUACUACGCCCUGCCACACCUCAAGGCCAGCAAAGGAAAGCUCAUCGUGUCGUCCUCCAUAGCGGCGACGGCGCCUACAUCUAGGUUGAGCUUGUACAAUGCCACCAAGGCAGCACAGCUCAGGUUCUACGAGACGCUGAGAUCCGAACUUGGCUCGGAGGUUGGCGUGACCAUACUGACCGCCGGGUUCGUGGAGUCCGAGAUGACCAAGGGCAAGGCGAUACAGAGAGACGGCGAGGUCGCCGUCGACGAGGAGGCCAGAGAUGUGCAGAUCGGGGUGUUCCCAGUAGCCCGUGUCGACAAGCUGUGCAAGGCAGCCCUGAACGGCAUCCGGAGAGGCGACUGGUACGUGACAUGGCCGUCGCUGUACCUGACGCUGCCGCUGAUCGCCUGCCUCGCCCCCGAGGUCUUGACCUGGCAGUCCUACGCGCUGUACAACGCCAAGAAGGGGAGCCCGCCGCUGAGCCAGAGGAUGCUGGACGCCACCGGAGCCAAACGGUUCUACCCGCCGUCGCUCCGGAGCCAUCCAGGCAUCAAGACGGAGAAGACUGGUGAUCGCAGGGAAGAAGAUGAUGCCGCGUCAAAUGUGUAGCGAGCCACACACUCUUUUGUGGUGAAGGAAAGUGCCCAGGAAAGGCUGCAAAGGGCCCUGUUACCCAGGUUUAAUUAUAGUAUACAUAUAAUUCAAGAGUGACUGAUCCAGUGAGGAAUGAUGUUGGCAUGAACUGCUAGCUGAGGUAUUGUUGUGCAGAGAGAGAGAUCCUUUAAUCUAAAUUGGUUGCGAUAGGGAUUAUUAGGACCUUGGUGCACACCUGUCAUCAUCCGAACAAUUGAGGAUGCCAUGACAUGCUAUUAAUAAUCACCACUUCAAUGGGUUUGGGAUUUAA